GUCGCAGGAGUGCUUGGCCGAGAGGAAGACUGUGUGUUGGAACUUCUUUCGGCCCCCAGAAGACUGUUUUACUUGCAACCGGCGCUCAUUAAUGGUAUAUGGGGAAGUAAACGAGUCCGAGGCUUUAUUUUACCAGACUUCAGCUUCUAGCUCCAUCUUCCUUCUACCCUACCCAUAAAAUGGUGCACUCUCCCUUUAAGACUAAAAUGGUGGCUCGCUGUGAUCAGGACUCCACUUCCGGUGGGUAGGGGGGCGGGACCCCAGCCCGCUCACGCCGGAAGUGGUUUGAGUUUUCAAGAUGGCGACUCCCUAUGUAACUGAUGAGACCGGCGGCAAGUACAUCGCCUCAACACAGCGACCAGACGGGACCUGGCGCAAGCAGCGGAGGGUGAAAGAAGGCUAUGUGCCCCAGGAGGAGGUCCCAGUGUAUGAAAACAAGUAUGUAAAGUUUUUCAAGAGUAAACCAGAACUUCCCCCAGGGCUGAGCCUUGAGGCUACCACUCCCGCCACCCCAUCCCGACCAGAAGGUGGUGAACCAGGCCUCUCCAAGACAGCCAAGCGCAAUCUGAAGCGAAAGGAAAAGAGGCGGCAGCAGCAGGAGAAAGGAGAGGUAGAAGCCUUGAGCAGGACUCUUGAUAAGGUGUCCCUGGGAGAGACAGCCCAACCCCCCAGUGCUCCACCAGGCUCCCAGGCAGCCCCCACAGCUGCCUCGGACCCGCCUGACUCAGCAGCCACCACUGAGAGAGCCAAGAAGAUUAAGAACCUAAAGAAGAAGCUUCGGCAGGUGGAAGAGCUGCAGCAGAGGAUCCAGAGCGGGGAAGUCAGCCAGCCCAGCAAAGAGCAGCUGGAGAAGCUUGCGAGGAGGAGGGCGCUGGAGGAGGAGCUAGAGGACUUGGAGCUAGGCCUGUGAGGCUUGCGAGUAGGAACAGACUGCAGAACAAACCACAGGGCUCUCUGGGCUCCAGGGGAGUGUGAGCGGCCGCGUCAGCAGGGGCGCCCCUAGCGGCUCACUUGCACCUCUCGCUCCUCCGGAAGGUAGCUGUCCCUCUGCCCUUCCUCUUUCCAACGUCUAUAUUUUGGACUUUUACCUUUCCAUUCCCAGUGUUCAAAAUCUCAGUGACUGUCCCAGGUACCUGAUUUGGGUGUCUUGUUUAAAAAGAAAAUCGGGUGAGUGGGAAUCUGUGAGAACCGAGGUGGAGGGUGGAGGAAUGCACCCACGUCUUGGAGUCUUGGUUCCUCUUCAUUGUUUUAUGAAGUAUUUCCUUGUCUACCCCAGCCCACCCCCCUUUUUUUUAAAGAACAAAAAUAAACUCAUGU